CACAAGGCUCUUGUUUUUUUUGCUACAGCAGACAGUCACUGGGUUGGCCACCCUUCAGAAUAUGGGAAGGGUGGGCUCUAGUGGUUAGAGAAGGGAAAGCCAGCAGCUUGUUUCUCUUUUGGUUUGCGAACAACUCGUUGGAUUGGAGCCUCCACCACAAAGACACCAUGGAAAUCCAGGAGAUGGACCUCAGAGAGAUGGGUUCUGUGAUCCAAUCCCGUGUGGUCUUGGAGGUGUCCAGCCAGGUCCAGUCACUCCUGGAUUCCCUGGAGACCACCAAGCUAGAGAUUGCUGUGACAGGUGAAUCCGGCGCCGGCAAAUCCACCUUCAUCAACGCGCUUCUGGGGCUUAGCGACGGAGACCCCCGUGCUGCUGCUACUGGCGUAAUCGAAACCACAGCCAUACCCACAUCGUACUCUCACCCUCGCCUGCCCAGCGUCCUCCUGUGGGACCUGCCGGGCAUCGGCACCCCGUGCUUCCAAGCGGAGCGCUACCUGGAGCAGGUGGGUCUCGAGAGGUACGAUUUCUUCAUCAUCAUCGCCUCGGAGCGGUUCCGGGAGAACCACGUCAGGCUGGCCCGUGCUGUGGGCUCCAUGGGCAAGCGUUUCUACUUCGUCCGCUCCAAGGUGGACCAGGACCUGAAGGCUUCACAGCGACGAAGGCCAACCCGUUUUGAGGAGGCUCAGGUGCUGCGGGAGAUAGAGGCCGACUGUCUCCGCCAGCUGCAGAAGGAAGGCCUGGAUUCCCCCAAGGUCUUCCUGGUCUCCAGCUUCGAGCUGCACCGAUUUGACUUCCAGCGCUUGCAAGACACUCUGGCCGAGGAGCUCGAAGGCCACAAGAGACACGUCUUGCUGCUCUCCUUCCCUUGCGUCACGGCAGCAGCUGUGGAGAAGAAGAAGGCGUCGCUGCGCAAGCACAUCUGGAAGAAGGCGUUGCUGGCCUGCGCAGUCUCAGCCUUGCCUGGCCAGAACCUCCACCUCAACAUCCCCAUGCUCAUGAAAACCCUCCACUCCUACCGCAAGAGUUUCGGCCUGGAUGACGAGUCCCUGGGGGUCUUGGCCCUCGUGGCCUCCAAGCCCCGCCAUGAGCUGACCAGUCAGGUGUGCUCGGCAUUGGGGAAGGAUCUUUCGGAGAAUGCCGUGCAUGCCGUCCUAAGCCAAGCCGCCUUGUACGGCCAAGUGGCUGCUCGGGUGGUGAAGAACAAGGUGCCUCUUUUUGACAACAUGGUAGCUGGGGCCAUCUCUUUUGUGGGUGCCUAUUACCUGCUGCACACCGCCCUUGAUAGCUUUGCACAAGAUGCCCAGAGGGUCCUAGGACGGGCCUUUGGUUUGGAGGAUGAGGCUCAGGGCUCCCUCUGCUACCCUCCAGAACCUGGAUUUAUUUUUGAUUGAAGGUGGAGCAAGAGAGCUCCUUCAAAGUGCUUGGGGAUCAUACAGUAGGUGCCUCCCCCUCUACUAGUCCUGCUUCUUAGUCACUUAGGUCUAGCUAACCCAGGAAAAUACAGUUAAAAGUAUUUGUGGGAUGGACUUCACGUUGGCAGUUCCACCCAAAAACCCUGAUGCACCUGCUGAUAUAACUGCCUUCCAAGAAUGGUGCUAUGCUAACUGGAAACAUCCUCUGCAGUUCUACUAGUUAUGGUGGGUUACUGUUAUCAGAAUCCUACAUACAACAUCCAGUGAUACAACUUUUUGUGGAAAAUAAUAAAUUGCCAAAAGA